UUUGCUGGCUCGAAUAAUAAAAGGGUAAAGUGUGACAUUCAUAAAAAAAAAUUACAAAUGGCUUCCGUUUUUAACUUACGCCUAUCGUAAUCCUAUGUUGGUAUGGUUUUCUAAAAAGGCUACUAAUUCAUCGUGACGAACGUAUUCGAUCAAUAAUUUCAUCUUUUAUUUCAAACUAUGGGUAUACAAGAUCUUCAAACGUUUUUGGAAAACGAAGGUGUUGGAGUUGAUUUAUUUCGAAUUGCUAGAAACCAUGCCGGCGGGUUCCGCUUAGUUCUCGACGCGGAAGGAUGUCUAGAUCGUCUUUAUGGAGGAUAUUUUUCAGAUUGGGCCUGUGGAGGCCAAUGGGCUCGCUGUGUGCAAUUUUUAACCACACUUGCACAGGCACUUGCUGAACAUCAAGUUGCCCUAUGUGUAUGUUUCAAUGGUGCUCAUCCUACUCCACCUGCAUUGCCACAACAUUGGAUACAAACGCAAGCCACAUAUCGCCAAAGAGUGAACUCAGUGCUGCGUCACAUUGCUACAAAGGGCACUCCUCCUCCAAAAGUAUGGUGGGUUCCACCCAUGGGACUACAUUCCUGCCUCAGAACUGCACUAAGAUAUCUUAAUAUCCCAAUAAUGGUGUCUUCUGAUGACCAUUGCCAAGAGGUAGUUGGUCUUUGUAGAGAGAAAACUUAUGCUGGACUUGUUGGAUGCUCUGGAGAAUAUUUAGUCUUUCAACCACCAAGAUACUUUAGCUCAUCACAGCUGAAACUUACAUAUAGGUCAUCAUUGGAGACAAAAGAGUACAUGGUGCAUGAGCUACCGCAAGUAUUAGAUGUGCCACAAGAUCGACUGUGCCUUAUGGCAGCUUUACUUGGUGGUACUAUUCUAUCAGAGCAAAGCCUUGUCGAUUUUUAUAAGCGGUUGGGAAUCACGCAAAAGAAGCAAGUUCCUCCAGAAGCUUUGGUGAAAGCCAUUUGUCAAUAUGUGCGAGAAUUACCAUCCUCGGAUAUCGAUGCUGCAUGCAUUGAUGUCUUUGGUGACCUAAAUGAUCUCCGAGCUGCCAAAUUGAAGCAAGCUGUACAGUAUUAUUUGAAUGGGACUAAAGAUGGAUUUUUAAAAUACAGAACUGCGUCUGGUCGUCGACCAAAGAAUAACAAAAAAAAUCAAAAGUCUGAUAUAAGUCCACAAUCGACUUCUUUAGACUUGGACACUUCUAAACUGGCUGCUGAAUCAUCUGAGCAUGAGCAAAAAGGCUUGGACGACUACAAAUUGGCAACAGCAAAUGCAUCAAUUAACGCCGACUUUAGCAUGGAAGAAAGGCCCUCUGACAUACAGCAUGGACUUGCGGCUGUCUCUCUGGAUUCCGGCGACACGGGUGCAGCCAAGCAGCAAACUAUCAAUCCAGCUGAUAAAAAUGAAAAACCACAAUCUGCUCCUAAAGAGGUUCGUCCUAAUAUAAAGCAAGUCCAUAAUGAAGACAAUUGUCCUCCGGCCCCUGCUGAAGUGCUACGUACAUGUGCCGAGCGACAUGCACGCGGCCUUAUGCAUCCUCAAAUGUUAUCGAUCUUGACACACCGUCAAGUAACUUUACCUGUACUGAUGGAGGACGACAAUCACCGCGAAAUACCCUCCAUACAUCACUUCUUUAGACCUGUUAGACAAAACGUAUACGCCAUUUUGUAUAACAUGCACCACCACCGAUUUAUGGCGCAAAAAGCCAAAGAGGAAGGCUCGACAAGUUCUGUGAAUAAUGAUCGCCCUUGCACUGUACAAGUUGCCGAGUGGAUCUAUUCUCGGGUAAAUCCUGGAAAAAGCCCUGAAGUUGUGCCCGGAGUUGUUCUAGAUUGGCCUGUACCAACUGUGCAACGGCUUUGGUUCGGAACUGCCCAAGAUGACAAAUGUCGUCGUAUGAGAGCAUUCCUGUCGUGCAUGCGCUCUGAUACUCCUUUGAUGUUAAAUACAUCUUAUGUUCCCCAACAUUUGCUGAUUUUGGCCACAGUGUUGAGAUUUAUUAUGACAUCUCAAAUUCAAAUAUUGAGGCGACAGGAGCUAGAUGCAUUUUUGGCCACAGCCUUUUCGAAUGAUCUCAUGAAUGCACUUCAUUUGCAAGAAAUGACCGUAAGUGUGAAAAGUGUAAAUGGUAUAAACUCCCGUGGGGUUCAACUGGGCGCGCUGGUGAUGGCGGGAGCGGAAGCUGCUUUGCUGGCCAACGACGCAUGCGGUGCCCCUGUGCCCUGGCUAGUCGCUGCGCCCUGGCUCUACUUUGAUGGCAAAUUGCUGCAACGCAAUCUGCACCGCGCUAACCACUGCAAACAUCUUGCUCAGCUGUGCGAUAACCAUUUGGAUACGGUGGUCAAGGUGGAGCGUAUGCGCAAAGCGAUCUUGGAAGGGCUGGAGGUGGAGUUUGCGAUGCCACCGCUACCACUAGUGGCGGGCGUCGUCGGAGGCUCGCUGGGUGGCCAACUAGGCGGCUGGCCGCGCGGACGAGGACGCGGCGCGCGACUUGAGAUUGCUGGGGUUGUCGUGGGCCAGUGGGGCGGUGGUAGCUACCCAACGCGCACUACUCGCUACCCACAACAGGUGAGCUACGUGGGCUACACGCCGCCGCCCCGCAACGCGUACGGCGGGCGCGGCUGGCGCGGGUCGCGCGGCGGCCGGGGCCGCGGCCGCGGGCGCGGCUCCGUGGCGGCGCCCGUCGCUCGCACCGCACGACGCACGCGCCGCGAUGUCGAAGAACCCGCUAAGCCCGCCACGCUCACUAUUAACGGGAAAACUGUUAGGCCUGAAGAUAUUAAUCAACAAGAGGAGGGCAGUCCUCAUGAGGACACUUCAGCACCUGACACUGAUGCUGAUGGUACACAGCCUCAGAAAAUGAAGACUGGCAAAAAUGUCAAGAAGAAUCUGGGGAAAGGAAAGAAAAAGAGCUCUGGCCAGAAGUCUGAUCUCGCCCAAACAUUGGAGGCUAAUGGCCCACUUGAUAAGAAUAAGGUGGCGGAGCAAUGCCACAAUUCUGAAAAGGAACACAUUGGUCAAGGUGAUGCACCAGUUUCAAACUAAAGUAUUCGUUUCUAAAGGUAAUUUCGUUAUUGUUUUAUUUUUGUUUAGUAAUGAUUUGAAAUCAACUUAGUUUAGUUUUUUCGUGGCUUUUGUUUUUAAACUUUAGUUGUCCUCAAGCAAGAACUUUUAAUAAACUUUUCGCAUAUCUACUUCACGAUUUAUACAACUUACCACAUACACAGAAAGACACAUGUGUACACACUUCUUGGGAAAAUACGUUGGAACGUAAUUGUUUUAGCACGUAAAAUAUAUGUUAGGGAUUUAGCUUGGAUAUUAAUCCACAGGUUAAGAUGUAUACGUGCCUGAAGAUCUAAAAGACUUCCCUAUUUUGAGACUGAUUUUGUAUUACUUUAAUUGAUACACAUAAGUGUUCAAUUAAUAAUAUUGUUAAAGACAAGUGGAGGCUCAUUUUAUGCCCCAAUUAAAUCCCAAAUAAGACAAACAAAGGCUCUAGCUAUUUUGUAUUGUACUAUGAGACCAAUAAUACUGAUGUAAACUGAAAAGCAAGAUCUAUAUUUCUAAAGAAAUAAUGUGACAAAAGGGACUAUACGGUUCUAUUAUUUGAGGUAGUUGAAUACCUCUUAGAAUAAGUAAUAAGAACCGGAAAAUACCCACUAUUUGACAAGUGAUAUUUAAAAUAUAAUUAUAUAUUGCUAAAUUGACCUGUUGAUUGUUAAGUCAUGUUUUAUUGAAAAGUGAGAUGACUUAGUGCAUAGUAUGUUUUAUUUAUUUACACAUAGUAUAUUUACAAUUUACCAAAUCAUAAUUUUUUACUUAUAAGAGGGUUUGGUCUAUGAAAUCUAUUUGGAAUAAUUCAAAUUCAAGUUAUUUAAAAUUUCAAAAAACCUUAAAUUACAUAAAGGCUUUCAACCACGAUUAAAUAAUCUCUAAGAAUUAAUUAAAUUUACCAAAAAUUUAAAAAAAUCUCGAUUGCAUAGACUAAACCAAAAUGUUUUCAGACUUGUUUUUGGGAUUUCUUAAGUCAUUGUUUAGGCUUUAUUGUGAUGUUGUUUGUUGUGUUAAAAAUAAAACAUGUCUGAAUAACCUUUAAUUAUUUAUAUCAAUCUCGGCAAAUAAUAUAAAGGCACAACGGGCUAUAUCAAUGUGGGAACUGUGAUUACAAAAUGUUUAUUGUUAAAUGUUCCAGUUAAGGACGAAACUCUGGUUAGUGGAACACUAAGUUAGUUUAAAAAGUGCAUUUAUUAAAUGAUUCUUGGUGCUUAGAAAUCUGUGGGACUGCCUGAAACGAGUCUGAAACUCAUAGAUUUAAGUCUAACGAUAAACGUUUAUUAAAACUGAAUGAGCAUUCGCAUUUUGACAUAUCCGCGUAAUAUAGGGUAUUAUUUCGAUAGGAAAUCUUAGAUUUGUUAUUAGUGAUAUAUUUAUAUGCAUUUUUGGGAUACUCAACAUUGCGAAUGUUCUUCAAUUUAUAUGUAUUUUUGUAAAUUUGUUAUAUUGUUAUACUUAAAUUUAGCUGGAAUGAGAAACAUCGAUAUAAGGACAGUCUUACUAAAUAACUCGAAUGGUGGAAUAACUGUCGCAAUUUGCUACGUUAAUGUACAUUCCAUUCAGAUCUUCUAAACAGUAAUUGCACAGUUCACGCUACUCGAGAAUGGAACUAAAUGAAGACUUUACAAUUUUGAACGCUUUAAACCCAGGCCAGAACAACACAAAAUAUGUUGCCACAAAACAUAUAAAUUAUAAAUAAUUGAUUGAAAGUAACAAUCAACUCUGAUCAGAACUUGAGUGCAAUGCACACACGCAGCAGCCACAACGCUGUUCCAAGACACUAAAUGCAAAUCAAAGUAUAUGCCUCUGAUUUUGUAAAGAUGCCACACAGUGGCUAGUGGAGGCCUACUGUCCUCCACUGUUCAGCUCGAGCGUUCAACUUGCAUGUGGACGCUCACAUUGCAAAGUAUUCGCAAGCUGUCGCCAAGAGCGAUACGCACUUUAUAUUAUACAUUUAAACAUUUAUAUAAUUAUUGCUUGCUUAUAAAAUAGACACCAUGUUAGCGUUAGAAUUUUAACUUCAAUGUAUUUUGAUUUGUUUAAGAAUUAUGUAUAACAAUGGUAAAGCAUGUGAAAAAUAAUCUUAUAAUAUGGGGAUUCUUUCAGAUUAUAAUGUUAACUUUCUUACACUGAUUGGUAUUCUUAAAAUGUUACCAAAACAUAAUUGGAUUGUUAAGAUACCUUUGUUAGUCUCCAUUAAUUCAUGUUAUACAUAUUAUCACAUACUUAAAAACUAGAUGAUUCAAAAGAGAAGUAGAUUUUAUUUAUCUCUUUUAAUCGAUUAUUCACUAUAGUUUUAGAUUAUUCUCAACAAUAUGAUAACUUUUACUAUCUACAUUUAAUACAUUUUGUUUGCUGACAAUGGUCACGAUUAUCAACAUAUAAUAAUCAAAAUAUAUUAGAAUACUUGUCAUGUUAAACAUACAUUUUUCGUAAUUGAAGUAGCAAACGUGGAACCGUGGCUUUUUGAAAACACUUAUAACUUAAGAACCUACGUACGUAAACCCGCAAUGUGAAAUUUAAUAAUAGUUCAUAAAAUUAUGAACUCAAAAUUUGGAUGAAAUUUAAAUUGUAAAGAGUUGUAUUUGUCUUCAAAUAAAACGUUCCAUUAUUAUGAAAGUAUGUUUUAUUUCAUUCCUUUAAUUUUAGCCUUUUGUGAACCUCUGUGAUCGUGGUUUCUUCUAAAUUUGCUAUAUGACUAAUAACAAUCUGAGCAGCAUCUUUGAUGUCAUUGUAUUGGUGGAGCAGCUUUACUUGAAUAUAUUUUUUCGCAUUUAGCAAUUGAUCAAUUUCCAUUUCUAUUUCAAUGAGUUUGUUGUAAUUUUCUUUCAAGUUUCUUGACAUUUUUCCUGUCAAAUGAUAAUUGUGAUUUUCAAUAUAAUAGUCGUAAUUACAGUAAAACGAGUUACAUAGAAUUUGAGGGUUGAAUCAAUACUUGAAUAAUUACCCUACACCUAUCCAUUCACCCCUCUUCUGUACCUAUCCCCCCCCCCCUCCUCGUGGACAUUGGAGAGAUAUAGCAUCAAUUAUUAACGCAGCACUCAUUGUAUGUUUUGAGUAUGAAGUUCGACAGCUUUUUCUAGGUUUUGAGUGAAGACUGACCCCCUUAGGGAAGAAUCAUCAAAUGACUUCUCUCGCCCAGGGUAUUGCGAGAGAGAGUGUCAGACUUAUUGACUCAGCCUCCAUUCCUUUCCUUCUCCAACUCCAGGCCCAGACCGCAGUACUUCAUUGUGCUUGCGGCCCUUUCGGUCCAUAAGUGAUGAACUGCCCUGACCCAACGGAUGCUGGAGCAAACUGAGUAAAACUAGCUUACUACGAAAAUGCAAGCAACAACAAAUAAGAACAAUAUGAUAAUUUCGUGAACAAAUUUCAUAUUAAUUACCUAUAUAUUUUAAGUGGGUGGUGGAUAAGUUAUAAUUUGUACCACAUGUAAUUGUUUUAAAUUUCUUCAAAAAAAGUAAGCGGUCAAACAUAAUGAAUAAAGUUACCAGACAUAAAUAAAAUUAAAUAAUAGAAAUAACAUUAAUGAAAUAAUAAUAUAUAGAAAGAAAUAAUAGCAGUUGAGGAAAUUAGUUGUGAUUUUAAAAAAAUAAAUUCAAGGUGAUAUUUAAAAAAAACACAAUUUAAGUAGCAUAUUUUAUUCAAGAUCAUUAAUGUCAAUUGGUUUACUGACACCCAUAGCACAAGCUAACAUGCUAUUUAUGUGUCUACCUUCUUCAGCUUUAAACACAUAUCCAUUUGACUUAUCUACUAAUUUUCGAAUAUUGAGUAAACUUUCUGUUUUAUACAAAUUUACUAAUUGAAAAGAAACUAAACUAUAGUCUUCAAUGAUAGAAACAAAGGCACUAUUUAAUUUUUUAUGUUUGCUGGUAAAUGUAUCAGUAUCUAAACUGUCUAGCAAAUAAUUUAAAUCCAGCACUUCUGUAUAGAAGUCUAUGCCAAACUGCAGUUUGUCCAUAUGUUUUUUUAACAAAUCGGCUUUUGUUAGUAAAUUGAUAUGUGGCAAUCCAAUUUUUAACAUCGCACUCAGUGAUAACAUUAAAGCUGCAAUAAAUUUUCCAGCAUCAGAACAAUGGUGUGAGUCCACUAAAUGGACAACACAAAAUUGUAGAUUUCCAACACUACCAAGUUCUGAAAAUAUGUUGCUUAAACUUUUGUGGUGACAAUAGAGUUCUACCUGCCCAGGUAGGUCAAAUAUGUAAUUAGUGUAGUUUUCACCAUUAAUUUGACUUAGAAGCCACUGAAUAUUUUUUUCUAAAAACUCCAUACAGUAUAAUAAAGCUCCAUUGGGACCAAGGUGGUGCUGAUCCAUCACCUCUUCUAGAGAAAUUAGUUCCCUAAUGUCAAUGUCUGGUUUGUAAGAUGUUACAUCAUUGGCCGGAUCUAAAUUAAUUACCACAACAUUUCUUCCUAGUUUUCGUAAAAGUUCUGACAUUUUUCCACAGUAAGUUGUUUUUCCUGCACCUGGAGGCCCCAAAACCAGUUGACCAUAGUAUUUUUGAACAGACUUAAAUUUUUUUGCACUCACUGUAGCCAUUUUAAGCUUCUGUUUUACUUAUUAAAUUUAAUAUUACUUCUUUACAAGCUUUGACUGUUUCAAUGUCAUAUGAUUUGAGAUUUAUAAAUAUACAAAGUGGUUUUGUAAUCUUAAUUGCUUCCGCCAAGUAUCUCGCCGCAACUUGUGGUUCUUCUCCUGCAGCACCAAAAAUAACUUUUGUUGUAUAAAUAUCAUUAGUACCUAAAGGACUAUGAACUUGAUCUUUUUGUAUCAUUAACAUGCUUCCAAUCUUCUGAUAUUGUGAUACAAUAAGCAUAAUUUUAUCAGAGUACUCAGCAAAAACUAUUUCUGUGGGUACAUCAUCUAUAUCUGCAGCAAUAGACUUGAACAACUGCUGAUCACUUUCACUUGGGAUAUGUUUAAUAGUUAAGUUUUUCAUAAUAUCUAGGAGUUCCAUAUUGACAGAUAGUGUAUCUAAAAUAGAAACUUAUAUUGACUUUUCUGCUUGUUGGUGCCAAAAACACACUACAAAAAUGGUAAGGGUCAACUUAAUUUAAAAUAACAAAGUUUGAAUUUCAGAUUUAAGGAAACCAAUACAAUAGUUAAGAAUAUAUAAAAUAAUAGUCCGUGAGCAGCAUUAGGAGUUGUUUUCUUUUCCUUACAGGCUUGUAGGUAUAUACUUACUUUUUUGAAAGAAAUCUUUUUAAUGAAAAUUUAGGGGACACAUGUAAAAAGAAAUCAUAAGCUGUAAAAGUAUUUCACAGAUAUCAAACUGAUAUUGUAUAAAAAAAGUUUUACAAUGGGUAUAUUGAAUACUGAAACUGGUUUGAAGAUUCCUACCUUGCUUGGUGACUUUUAAAGAAAAAUUGUUAUAUCCAUCCAAUGGUUAUGAUUGUGCCAAACUUGUUGAUAACGCUGUAUUGUGGAUGUGGACAUAAAGCACCUUUUGAUGACAAUUCGUUUUCACACGUUUUGUUUGGACUUGGAAUGCUUGGAUUUUCAGAAGUAGUCUGUGUGUGUAUCUAAUGCAUCGGUUUCUAAGAUAUCACAGAUAACUAUAUAUUUCUUAGGUAACGAAUGAAACAACUUGGUGUUGAUUUCAAACCUCAAUACAUUAUUUUCCGCUGUUCCCAAAUAUAAGCACUACGUUUAUUACAGACUUACAGAAUUGAUAGGUGAUAUUUGAACCAUAGACUAAG